GGAAGUCGUUCAAAUGUGUUCGCAAGCUCUACGUUGAGCAACGAUUUUCAGGUUGUUUUCCUUGGAACUGGUUCCCGUAUUUCAUCAAAUCUUCGCAAUACUAGCGCGAUUUUGUUGAAUUUGAGUGAUGAAACGUCCAUUUUAAUGGACUGUGGCGAAGGGACGUUGAGACAGAUGUUUUAUCAUUACGGAGACGAUGUGAACACGAUGCUAAAGCGAAUCCGUACCGUGUUCGUCUCCCAUAUGCAUAUUGACCAUCAUUUGGGUCUUCUCAAUAUUUUACGACAUCGUAAGAAGAUUAUGGGUGAUUCAAGUUUCGUAAGAAUUAUUGGUCCAGAAACUUUGGAUUUAUACUUAAGAUAUUUCGAAAUGCUGUGUGGUGAAACUUUCAACUUCAGGUUCACUCAGUUUUGGUGGGUGAAAAGAGGAUUGGGGAAGAAAGAAGGCAAACAAUUUAGUCGCUCUUUGGGAUUUUCUUCUAUUUCUGUUGUCCCUACGAAACAUAGUGAUUACUCUCAUGGUUUGGUACUUGAACGCAAUGGAUGGAAAAUCGUUUAUUCUGCUGACACAAGACCUUGUAAACAGUUAAUUGAUGCCGGUGCAAAUACGACAUUACUCAUUCACGAGGCAACAUUCGAUGAUAAACUGCUUUACAGAGCGAAAGAAACUGCUCAUUGUACCGUAUCUGAAGCAAUCAAAUGUAGUGAACUGAUGAAAGCCGAGUACACGAUUUUAACACACAUCAGCAAUCGACAUAUUUUUCCCUGUAAAUCUUCAAGACUGCCUCAUAACGUGAGCUUCGCUUUUGAUCAUAUGACGGUUGAGCAAAAAGAUCUUAAAAAUAUUCGUGGAAUAAUGGCAAAUGUUGAGAGAACCUUUGUAUACCAAUGGAAGAAAAAAAGAAAACAGAAGCAAGCUGUUAAAUCAAAAGACUCUCCCAUUCUUGUGAAUUCUUAAAAUGUCCAUUCACCAACGCAGACAUCAACUUGAUAUUUAGUGAAAUACUGUUCUGCUAGAAAAUGCCCGACUAAAUAUUUGACUGGAGUAGCUACUUAACCGAACGAAUGAAUUCUUUGCCUUCAAACUUACAGGCUUGCAAGUAAUUUUGAAUUGAAAUUACCUAACAUUUAGUUUUAUAUAGCUAAUCAUACCACUCCAGAAAGUUUUUUUUACAUUGUGUAGACUCAAGGUGUCUCAAAGGGGUAAUUUUAUACUUUCUAUUGACAGAUAGAUAGGCCGACCCCGACAACUGAAGCAGAUUUUGCGUGGGGUUUAAGAAAAGCAUGAACGAAACAUUAGCACUAUACUUACAAAAUUACGAGAAAGGUAUUUAAGAGUUAUCGAAACACUCGGCAAGUUUGAGAAAACGAGAAA